AUCUCUUAAUCCCUUUUUCUAUGGAUUAUUACUGCACUGGACGUAAGAAUGGACCAACUAAAACAACAUUUUUUGCACAGUUGAAACUGAGUAACUUUGAGAUUAAUGUGUCAAUAUAUGACUCGAUUUGACGGAAAUCGAAAAGAAAUAUACUGUUUGACAAUCAGGGCAGUAUGCCAUAAUAGUAACAAAGCAUAAUGAAUAACAUGGAUAACACCUGUGAACAGGAUUACACGGAAUUUCUUAACGAAUAUUUGCUUCAAACUAAUUUGACCUGCAAUGAGCCCGAAGCCCGUUAUGAAGAUGGUGAAUUGGAAGCCGAAUGGUUAAUAUCUGCUGGCUAUCCAGAAUUGACUAAGCCAUUCAAGCAAGGCUUAGAGGUACGAAAUACUGAUCUUGAGCCUGUCUUAGCGAUACUCUCAACGCCCCAUGCCGAUGCUAUUAAACAACGCGUUCGAGCGCUAAAUUAUACAGUUCGGGGGCGCACAAAAAAUCGUUCAAAACGGAAACCAGAUAUACGGGAUGUUUUUCGGGAUUUCGAUGAAUCAAGUACUGGAACUCGAUCCCGCAGUGCCACUCCAGACUCGCUUGACUCAGUACAUGGGGAUGAUAUUUGGGGAAAUACUUCCAUUCCAAGCUUUGUAAGCAUAUUUGAUCCCACCCAAGCAAGCGAUAACUCUACAGCUUACUCUGUCAACAACAAGCACAUUGGGCUAAAGAUAAGACGUACUCCAAGCGCCCCAUUAAAAAAUUCAACAUCAACUGAUAUUUUCCGCGGGUCUCAAGUGCGCUGUGAUCUCCCAAUGUACUCGUCUGAGGGUAUUAAAUUGCUUGGAUUUUCGCGUAUAGGCACUUUACAUAUGCCACGCAGCCGCUCAGGCUCCGAUCCUUCGUGCUCAAUUGGGCGAGUACGUGAUCAGAUAAUGCAGGAUUCACAAAGUGAAAAUAAUACCUCUUCAGGUGAUUCAAGCGACGAAUAUCUUAUAAACCCAACGCGAAAUAUUUCAUCAUUACCAGAGAAGAUACAGAAUAAGAUAAAUCUUGAGCCCCAAAAAAUCAUUCAGGGCUCUCCUUCAAUAAGAAAUUUUGUCAGCUUCGAAAGUAUGUGCCUAGACAAAUCUAGUCAAGAUAGUGAAGAUAUAGUUAAUAGCUUGGUGAAAACACACAGUUCUGACAUUAACACAAUAAAUGAAAUAGAACUGAAAUGCUUGCAACCCAUUUUUUGGCUUGAGCUAGCCACAGUCUUUGAUAGAAACCAUGUGUCUCUUGAUAAAAGAAAACCUUUUAAAAGGCGUCGUAAAGAAGAGGGUAACCUGUUUGGAGUUUCGUUGAAUGCAUUAAUUCGCCGAGACCAACAACUAACUGGAACGGAUUCUACACUAGUUCCCCAAUUUCUUGAGGCAUUGCUUGCUGAACUGAUUCAACGAGGAGCAAAGGAAGAAGGUAUCUUACGUGUAGCUGGACAAAAGCAUAAGACUGAAAUAAUUUAUAAUGAGUUGGAAACCAGUUUUUAUACAAAUCCAGAAAAGUUUUCACAUUUGCUCAAUUCAGCAAGCGUACAUGAAUUAAGCGCACUACUAAAACGUUGGUUACGAGAAUUACCUCAGCCCUUGCUGUCGAGCGAGCUGAUACAACUAUAUUAUCAGUGCCAUGCACUUCCUCCAAAGGACCAAAUAAUGGCACUGUCUAUUCUGUGCCUAAUGCUCCCUCACGAAAACCGUAACACUCUUCGUUCGAUUUUACGAUUUCUGAAUUCCAUAAUAUACUUUAAAGAUGUUAAUAAGAUGAAUUUGCACAACGUGUCCACGAUAAUUGCACCAUCAUUUUUCCCACCACGGUUUAUACAUCCAAUUGACAAAAACAAUAUCGCCGAUCAAGUGAAAAUGGCUGCUUUAUGUUGUCGUCUUACUACCGCUUUAAUAACGUGUGGAGAGGAUUUGUUUCAGAUUCCGGAUAAUCUUGUUGUGGAGUCGCGAAAUGUUAAGGCUACACAGGGAAAACGGGGUCACCGACAUGUAAGCAGGACAACUUCUACGACACUUAACAGUGUAAAAAAAAACAAUGAUGGUAAAUUAAAUAUCGGUGAAGCACAAAGCAACAUGAGAGGUUCUCCACGGCCAUCCAUUAAUCCAACUCAUGUUCACCGAUUCGUCGUCUGACAAUGGUCCAACGACCAGUACCUAAGCUGGUACUUUGUAUACAAUAUUAAUAAAAUCUUUAAAGCAAACAAUGUUUUAAUAUAAUAAUUAUUUUCAUAUUAAAAU